GAGCAACUCGAUGCGGCCGCUGGGCGCUGGGUGCUGCCUACCUCUCUCACACAUCCUGCCAGGGGCGGAAGUGUCUGGGAUUCCAGUGUGUCCAUCGAAAACAUCCCAUCUGCAGCCAGGCGCGGAGGGAGCGGCACCGUCAGCACCUCUUCCCACCGCGCACCCAUCGGUCGAGCUGCGUUCACGCUCCCCGCCGCGCCCCCGGUACAUUUAGCGUCUCGCCGCCGGGACAUGCGCCUCCGUGUCGGGCUUUUCCACCGCGGACACGCAUCCCAGCUCCUGACAGCCCCGCGGGGCAGAAACUGAAUUGUAGCACCUCGGAUGAAUAUAUAUCUCAUUUCCUCAUUUUUUUAUUUAUAUCUCGCAGCUCGGUGUACCGAUCCAACGCGUGCGACAGUUUAGUAUUAUCUGGUUAUUAUUUAUUUUCCUCCAUUCAUCGUGUUAGGUGGACUGUAGCCGCUUCCCUGGACACAGGAAAGGAUUAAGUUACUGCUGGUAGCGGCGGAUUAUUGUAUUGGCCUCCUGUCACGCCCGAGUCCUUGGCGUUUGUUCUCCAAUUAGGAGGGAGGUUGCUCACAACUCAGGCAGAAAAAUGUCAUUCCGAAGAGGAGUGGUCCGACAGAGCAAGUUCCGCCACGUGUUUGCCCAGGCCUGGAAGGCGGAGCACUGCAUCGACGAUGUCAGAGUGUCCAGAGUCACAUGGGACAGUUCCCUCUGUGCUGUGAAUCCCAAAUUCAUCGCUGUUAUUGUUGAAGCAGGUGGAGGAGGGGCGUUCCUGGUGGUGCCGAUCAGCAAGAGCGGCAGAAUCGAUCAGUCCUCUCCCACGGUGUGCGGCCAUGCAGCUCCAGUGCUGGACAUCCAGUGGUGUCCCCAUGAUGACAACAUUAUUGCAAGUGCCUCAGAGGACUGUACAGUAAAGGUGUGGCAGAUCCCGGACGGAGGCCUGACCAGUCCCAUGACCGAGGCUGUACUGACCCUUGAAGGCCACAGUAAAAGAGUGGGGAUCCUGGCCUGGCACCCAACAGCUCUCAACAUCAUCCUAACUGCAGGCUGUGAUAAUGUGUUGUGUGUGUGGGACAUUGGCACGGGGGAGCUUGUGUACCAGCUAAACGAAGCUCACCCAGAUCUGAUCUAUAGCGUCAGCUGGAACAAGGACGGCAGUGCCAUCUGUACCGUCUGCAAGGACAAGGCCCUGCGCAUCAUUGACCCACGAAGGGGCACCGUCCUCAAGGUGAGAGAGAAAGUCCAUGAUGGCAGCAGGCCAAUGAGAGCCGUGUUCCUCGCUGAUGGGAAGAUCCUCACCACAGGCUUCAGCCGCAUGAGUGAGAGACAGCUGGCCUUGUGGGAUACGAAAGAUCUCUCUGAGCCAAUGGCAGUGCAAGAGAUGGAUACGAGCAACGGCGUUCUGCUGCCUUUCUAUGACCCGGACACAAACAUGGUCUACCUCUGUGGAAAGGGGGACUGCACCAUCCGCUAUUUUGAAGUGACAGAUGAAUCGCCGUAUGUUCACUUCCUCAGCUUGUACAGCAGCAAGGAACCACAGAGAGGUGCAGGCUUUCUUAGUAAAAGAGGUGUUGACGUCAACAAGUGUGAAAUUGCCAGGUUCUACAAGCUGCAUGAAAGGAAAAUUGAACCCAUCUCUAUGACUGUACCACGAAAGUCAGACCUGUUCCAGGGAGACCUUUACCCCGACACAGCUGGCUUGGAGCCCUCUCUCCUGGCGGAGGAUUGGAUCGCUGGGCAAGACGCACCACCCCUGUUGGUCUCCCUGAGCGGUGGCUACACUGCUCCCCCGUCCAGGCAAAGAGAUACCCUCCGGAGCAAGCCCAAGCUUGUCUCGCAAGACUCUGGUACAGGAGCUGCCCCACCCUCAGCAGGCACCACAGCCACUCCCACAUCCACCUCAGCCACCAGGGAGACAGAAGAUGUCGUGUCACAGCCAGGAGUGGCCAGAGAGAUGGAUGGAACAUCGGAGAGGCCAAAGAGAGAGGACGAUGUGUUGAACGAGCUGCUGGCGGAAAUGAAGGCCUUACGUGCAGUUGUACUUGCUCAGAGCCAGAGAAUUGAGCUGCUGGAGAGGCAGCUGGCUCGCAUCGAGGAUGGAGACGUAUGAGUAGGCGGCGGCAGCACUACACUCGAAGGGCAUUCUUAGUUAAAUACAUAAACCAUAGCCUUACUAGUAUCAACAGUACCUUAAGCUGUGUGAGUGAGAGAAUGUAGCUAAAAGUGUAGGGUAGCAACUAACUGUGAUCACAGUUGCCCAUAACCGGGUCAGCUGUAGUGAAGGAAAAGACACCACAAUUUGUUUCCACAAUUCAGCAGGUGAGAAAUGUGUGUCAUCUGCAUAGAGUGAAAUUUGGCAGUGACAUGAUGUUUUGUCUUAUGAAGGAGGAUUAUAUAUUGUUUUGAUGGUGCAUAUAGUGCAGCUUCAAGAUCUGCAAAAUCUGCCCACUUGGUUGGACAUUGAUUUAGUGGUAUGAAAUAUGUCUUCAUUUUCAAGGGCUUCGGUGAAGUUACAUGUCUCAGUGGCACCACUGCCUUGUGGGAAUGAUUGUGCAAGGUUGUGAUGAACAGUCAUUAUAGCAGGUGGAGGCUCCACCCUAAAUUAGUGUGACAUAGAAAAAUGAUGAAUUACAAUAGGGUUAGGGUUAAUAUUCCUUUUUUUUCCUCUGAAGCUCUCACAACAUGUAUCUUUUAGGGCUGUUUAAUCAGGUAGUUAAAGCUGCUAAUUUUUGAUGUCAUAUCAAACCUGAUAUUGUUGACUUAAUGCGUGGCUUGUGCUUUGUUGUACUUCUUUGUAAUAGGAGUCUUUGUAUAAGGGUAAAAGGCAGGAAAAUCUGUCAGUCACAAAUAAUGAUUUUGAUAGUGUGAAUGAGAGUUGAUGCAAAUGUAGUUGAGUAUUUAUGUGUGGUCUUUUACAUAGACAGAAAAGGUAACACUUGUCAUCUUGUACUUCAUGUUGUCAAGAGAAAACACGCAGCAGAUUUGUGAUAUCACAGGGGAUGAGUUUUCUGUGAUGUCACAAGGCCAAAACCAAGCUAAUGUGUCCACUGGGAGCCUCUCUUUACAGCACUCGAUCUGUUGUGUGCACUGAAAUUCAACAGCACUGGCAGCUUGGCAGGGUUUUAGCACAAACGGAGCGCUGGAAUUUAAAAAUAUUUCAGCUCAUUCCAAAAGAGCAUCAAACUUAACACUUUGAGCAGUUGAUUGGCAGCAAAAAGAACCAUGACCAGAGGGACAUUCCAGAAAGUGGAAUUAACCAACUCCAACCCUAACCCUGAACUCAGGGUUGGGCAAACCAGACGUGACUUACUCAGGGUUAGUGUUUCCAGAACAGCUGGUUACAGUGAGUUCAACCAGCUGUGAUUUGGUUGAACCUACCUUAGGUACAUUCACGGUGAACGUAAAAAAACAUCAUCUAUGGAGCACAGAUGAAAGGAUUCACCAUGGCAACCAACAAAAAGGAAACCAGAGUGUCAUUGCAUGCCUCUUGAAUUGGAAAUGUUGAUGCAAACCUAUACAGAACAUGUGAAAAAACACAAAAUGGCUGCAGCUGCAAAAAAAACAAAAAAACAAAAAAACAAAAAAAACAUUAAAUGGUGAAAAAUGCAUACAUUUGAGCAAUUUAACACAUUUGAUUAACCCACUGACAUAUUACACACUCUUCAGUUUAAAGCAGACUGGCAAAAACAAAAAAAAACUCGGCGGCAGUUCAAAAUGUCAAAACACACUAAAGGGCUGGAUAGAUGUGUGAAAAUCUGUCGGCUACUGUGGCAGAGGUGCAACGGAUGGUGGGGGAGGGACCUUACUGCUAAACACAGUGUGGUGCAGAGGAUUAACCCAACUUGUGCUGUUGACUCUCUGUGAAUCAGAGGACUUUCUCACCUCUCCUUUUUCUCCAUAAGCAGACACAGACAGGGAAAUGUGAAGCAUAAGAAUAAAAUGCAGACUAUUUUAAGAUGCAAGAUGAAGGAACAACAGGCGAUAUCAAUAAAAUAUUAGGUUAUCUAUUUUAACACUGACGCAAAUCUAAAAUCUAAUUUUCUCUUGGAAACACCAUUUAGAGAAGCCAGAGUUGUCACUUUAUCGCCAAGCCAGAAAGCCAGACCAAUUUCCAAUGAAGAAACCGGUUACUGUGAAUAAUAAUAUGGACUUAAAUGUGGAUGGGAUUGCCAAAAAACAGUGCAUGCCGUGUCCUUGACAGCUGUUUCCCAAGUAAAAAUGCUUCAGUCUGACAAGUUUUCUCUCAAGUUUUCCGAGCAGGUUAGUUUCAGAGGCCAGUUACCAUGGUUAACUGGCCUAGAGUUAAUCUAAUCUUCCUCCUUGGGACCAAAAAUACCAAGUUUCCCUUAACUCUGAGUUAACAAACUUGGUUUAGUCUCUAAUCCCGCUUUCUGGAAUUCCCCUCAGUGCUCAGUGCUGCCCCCAAGCAUCUGUUUUAGAGCUGUGAGCGAAAAAGACAAGCCCAGGGGACACAGGGACUGAGGUGUGCUACAUAUGUAGAAAUUAACACUUGUUGAAGUGAGUAGCACAUGAAAAAAAAACAAACACUAACUGUUAUUCAGAAGAAAACUACAAGUGUUUCCAUAGCACUGAAUACGAAAGUUACAAUGAAGUCAAAACAGAUUAGAUUAGUAGAACUGUUGCAGUCUUAGGCGAAUGUAUAGUCAGUUUUGUAUUAGUGUCUAAAGAUGGGAAGCUAUUAGAGAAAACCUUUUUAUAUGGUACUUUUUGCUUUUACGUUGCAUCACCCUUUAAUCAGCGAUUGUGUAAGCUACAGUACAUUCCACACUAAGCUCAUCCCUUGGUUACUUAGGUAAGUUAUAUUCCUUUAUGCACUGAUUAUCUGAAAACCUUUAUCUGUGUGGCUGUAAACCAGUAGCAGAUUAAAUGAGACUACACUGUGCAAACCAAUAAACAUUCAUUCCUCCUUUGUA